UUUAGCGCUCAGAAGCUUCAUUUCUCUACUUUUCAGCAUCCUUUCAAACCUUUUAUUAGCCUUGUGCCCAAAAAAAAAGACCUUUUCUUAGCCUUUUAUUUUCUAGGAAAAAAUGAUGAUGUAUAAACUUCUUCCCAAAUCUAAUACCCCAAUUUAUGAUGAUUUUCCCUUCAGGCCAGAGAUGAUUUCGAAUGACCUUCCACCACAGGAAUUCCUCAAAGAGGCCAUUUUUGCUGCAGGUAGCUUCUGGGAACUGGAGACUGCAUUCGGGCGCGUUGAUGGUGUUGUAAGAACAGCUGUGGGCUACUAUGGAGGAAACCUUGUAAAGCCUAGUUACAAAGAGGUAUCAUCAGAAGGAUCAACAGGACACACCGAGGCUGUAAAGGUGAUAUAUGACACGAGGAAUACUUCUUACAAAACUCUGUGCAAGGUCUUCUGGGCAAGCCAUGAUCCAACGAAGAAGGAAUAUCUGAAGUUUGGAGUUCACACACACUACCGAUCAGCGAUCUUUUACGAGGAUGAGGAGGAGAAGAAGCAAGCACAACAAUCAAAGGUCAAACAGCAGAUGAAACUGAACAGGAGGAUAGUAACCAAAAUAUUGCCUUGCCACUCCAUCAACAUCUCUGGCUUCUAUCUGGCGGAGAGUCACCACCAGAAGUACUACUUGCAGAGGUCCCACAUCCGCCUCUGUGAGUGCCUCAGCCUCCGCAGUGCCGAGCAGCUCGCUGACUCCCACCUCGCUUGCAAGCUAAACGGAAUAUUAGGUGGUGAUGAAAAGACUGCCGUGGAGGGUCUGCAAAGGUUUGCGGGGAGAUAUCAAUUGCCAGAUGAAACCAAGUUUGUUUUGGAGACAAUCAUACAGGAAUUACGUGUGAAACAGGCACUGGAAGAAUAGAGACACUCCAAAAAAAAAAAAAAAAAGCCAAGAAGUGGCAAAAA